AUGACAUCAACACAUAUCACACCUUUCAUCACGGGUUUACGUACCCGGAAUGAUGAAGCUCGACUGACUACAGCCUAUGAACUCUACCGCUAUGUCAAUACAGAUGUUCCUGAGAUGCCACUUGAUGAUCAGAAUGCAUUCAUUGAUGAAAUCAAUCACAAUGUAUUUGAAAUGGUAUCCAGUAGUGAAGUUCAUGAAAAAAAGGGAGGAAUUUUGGCUAUUGCCACUUUGGUUGGUGUGGAUAUUGGUAAUGCUGCAACUCGAAUCAGUCGAUUUGCUAACUACCUGCGUAACCUUGUUCCAGCCAGUGAUGUUGUGUUAAUGGAAAUGACUGCCAAAGGUAUGGGCAUCUUAGCUUUGUCUGCUGGCAAUCAUGCUGCUGAAUAUGUGGAUUUUGAGACUAAACGAGCAUUGGAAUGGUUAGCUGGAGAAAGACAUGAAGGCCAGCGCUACUCAGCUGUUCUAAUUCUUAAAGAAUUAGCUACCUUCACACCAACGUUCUUCUUCCAACAAGUUCCUCAAUUUUUUGAAAAUAUCUUUAAUGCAGUUCGUGAUCCCAAGCCUGCAAUUCGAGAAGCAUCAGUUGCUGCUUUGAGAGCAACUCUGGCAGUUACAUCUCAGCGAGAGACCAAACGAGAUCACAGUGAGGAUUGGUACAAGCAUUGUUUGGAGGAGGCAUUACGUCCUUACAGUGAUGCUUUGGGCAAGGAGAAAAGAAUUAACAAAGAAGAUUGGAUACAUGGAUCAUUGUUGAUUAUCAAUGAAUUGCUACGAUGUAGCAAUAUGGAAGGAGAACGUCUUAGAGUAGAGAUGGAAGAACUGGCUAUUCAACAGAAUACUUUUGAGAAAGCUGUGAAAGAAUUUUCCCCACGCCGCCGUUCACCAGCUAAUACUAGUGGAUUCCAGCAACUUCACCAGAAAUCACCUUUGAUUGUCUUUGACCUUUCACAUAAUUCCGCACCACAAAGACGAAACCUUUUUGAAAGCCGCGUUUGUAAGGAAUUAAUGACUAAAAAUUAUGACAAGGUGGCUAAUUUGGUCCACCAACUCUACCAAGGGAACCGAAGUAUAUAUGUACAACAAGUUAUGCUGAAGGCUAUCCCGAGGUUGGCUGCCUUUGAUCCAGAGCUCUUUUCUCGCACAUUUUUGAGGGAUACUAUUGUCUAUUUGCUAAAUGCUUUAAGACGUGACAAAGAGAGACCAGCAGCAUUUCAGGCUGUUGGUUUGCUUGCUGUUGCUGUCAAGGACAAUAUCUUCAGCUAUUGCACUCGCAUCAUGGAAGUAGUUCGCAGUGCUCUGCCUGCAAAGGACUUACCUCAAAAGAAGCAGAAAGCUAUCUCAGUUGAACCAUCAGUAUUUACAUGUAUCAGUAUGCUUGGACGAGCUCUUGAAACAUCUAUUGCCCGUGACAUGAGAGACAUUUUAGAUUCAAUGUUAUUUACUGGCUUGAGCCCUGCUUUGACAGCUGCUCUCCGAGACCUGGCUACAUACAUUCCUCAAAUGAAGAAGGACAUCCAGGAUGGGUUACUUAGGAUGUUGUCCUUGAUUCUGAUUGGUCGACCACUUCAGCAUCCUGGGGCUCCCAAGACUUUACCCAUUGGAUCAUCUGCUAGCACUGAUUCACAAGAUGAUACCAGCAUUACAUUAGCAUUAUCUACAUUAGGAAGCUUUGAUUUUGAAGGUCAUUCUUUGACGCAGUUUGUCCUGCAUUGUGCUGAGAAUUAUUUAUGCAGUCGGUCCAAAAAAAUCCGAUCUGAAGCAAUCCGAACCUGUGCCAGGUUGCUGAUGCCAUUGUUAACAGCUCUAGAAGGACAACAGAAGCAUAGUAUGAAAACUAUGAAUACAGUUGCUGAUGUUCUCAAGAAGUUGCUCAUCGUUGGCAUCACAGAUCCAGAGCCAGAGAUUCGAUAUUGUGUCCUUUCUGUAUUAGAUGAACGCUUUGAUCCACAUUUGGCUCAAGCUGAAAACCUAAAUGCCUUGUUUGUGGUUCUUAAUGAUGAAGUGUUUGAGAUUCGUGAAUUGGCCAUUUGUAUUAUUGGACGUCUCAGCAACAGGAAUCCUGCUUACAUUAUGCCAACCUUGAGGAAGACUUUAAUCCAGAUUUUAACUGAACUAGAACACAGUGGAGUUGGUCGAAGUAAAGAACAAGCAGCUAGGGUCUUGGGGCAUCUUGCUUCAAAUGCAUCUCGGCUUAUCAGACCUUAUGCAGAACCUAUUCUAAAGGUGUUGAUCCCCAAAUUAAAAGAACCAGACCCUCAUCCAGGUGUUACAAUCAGUGUACUGGCUGCUAUUGGGGAACAAGCUGAGGUCAGUGGUCUUGAAAUGAGGAAAUGGGUAGAUGAAUUACUGCCCAUCAUAAUAAUGACUUUGCAGGACCUUACCUCAGUUCAGAAGCGUGAGGUUUCUCUUUGGACAUUAGGUCAAUUGAUUGAGAGCACUGGAUAUGUAGUUGAGCCUUAUCAAAAAUAUCCUGCUCUUUUAGGAAUCCUGCUUAACUUCAUGAAAACUGAACAAACUCAUAGUGUCAGACGAGAGGUCGUCCGUGUUCUUGGAAUUCUGGGAGCAUUGGAUCCUCAUAAAAACAAGUUGAAUGUGAGCCGUUUAAAAGAAGAAUCGGGAAUCACAUUAGGUGGAACAUCUAUUGAACCUUUUGCUAUCAACAAGUCAUCCAGUGAUCCUCAGUCAACUAUUCCAUUAGCUGAGUAUACAACAAGUGGCUUACUCGUGACAAUGGGAGCCCCUACAUCACUGGAAGAUUUCUACCCAGCUGUUGUUGUCUCUGCCCUUAUGAGAAUCAUGCAUAAAGCUUGUUUCAGUUCAGACCACUUCCUACUGAUUCAGUCAAUUUCAUUUAUCUUCAAAAGCCUUGGUUCCAGAAAUGUACCUUACUUUGAUCAGAUUGUCAAUUCUUAUGUGACUGUUACCAGAAAAGCUGAAGCUAACCAUAAGGAGUUCAUGUUUCAACAACUUGGAUUUUUAGUUGGUUUUGCUAAACAACAUGUUCGUAAUUUCCUUGGUGAAAUUUUUCUGUUGAUCAAGGAAAACUGGACAAUGAAAAGUCAGUCACAGAAUAUUUACUUGUCAUUGUUGGAGCAGUUGGUGUUAGCUGUAGGGUCAGAAGUGAAGCCACACUUACCCCAGAUUGUGCCUCAAAUUUUGCGCAUUUUGAUGCAUGACACUAGCAAACAACGUGAAUAUACAUUGCAACUGCUUGAAGUCCUGCAGUUAUUUGGCUCUAGCCUUGAUGAUUGUCUUCAUGUCUUGCUGCCUUACAUCAUCAAACUUUUUGAUUCAUCAGAUGUUCCUCUCAAUGUGCGCAAAAUGGCAUUGGAAACAGUUGAUGUGUUCACUGAAGACUUGGAUAUGACUGACUUUGCCUCCCGUCUGGUCCACUCCUUUGUCCGCACCAUUGAUUCAACUCCAGAAUUGAUACCCACAACAAUGGACACAAUGUGCUCCAUGAUGCUUCAGCUUGGACAGAAGUUUUUACUCUUUGUUCCUAUGGUUAGCAAAACAGUGGCCAGACACAAGAUUAGCCAUCAGAAAUUUGAAGUUAUCCUUGCCAAGAUCACAAAGGGUGGUGGAAUUGGAGAUGAAGAUUUUGAUGGACUUCUGAGCAGACGGCGCCAGAGAAAAAGACGUGACUCAAAUCCAGAAAACCCCUCUGAGCUUCCAAUAAGUAAAAAGCUGCAUGUAUUCUUUAGCAAUUUGCAGAAGGUCCUUACUCCAGCUCGACGAGUAUCCAAAGAAGACUGGAAUGAGUGGUUACGCCAGUUGAACAUUGAGCUCCUUAAGGAGUCCCCAGUGCCAUCACUACGUUCAUGCUGGGCUCUGGCUCAGGUUCAUAACCAGCUUGCAAGAGAUUUACUCAACCCUGCCUUUGUGUCCUGCUGGACCAACCUCAGUGAGAGUCAACAGGAUGAACUAGUGCAAUGUCUUGAGAAUGCUUUGAAUUCUCAGGAAAUUCCUGAAGUGACCCAAACUCUUCUCAAUUUGGCUGAAUUUGUGGAACACUGUGACAAGGGACCCUUGCCACUUGAACUCAGAAUUCUUUCUCAGAGAGCUAUGCGAUGUCGGGCUUAUGCAAAGGCUUUGCAUUAUAAAGAGGAUGAAUUCCACCGUGCCCAGACAAGAGAGACUCUAGAGGCACUGAUCAGCAUUAACAAUAAACUACAGCAGCAUGAAGCAGCAGCUGGUGUUCUUGAAUAUGCUCGCAAAAACCGUCUUGCUGAUUUGAUUGAGGAAAGCUGGUAUGAAAAACUGCAUGAGUGGGAAAAAGCUUUAAAAGCUUAUGAAACUCGGCAGGAAACUCAUCCUGAUGACAAGAAUUGCAUGCUUGGCAGAAUGCGGUGCAUGGAAGCUCUGGCAGAAUGGGGUUCUCUGAACCAACUUGCAAGUGAUGCUUGGCGUCCAGCUAAUGAUGAAACCCGAACAAAGAUGGCUCAACUUGCUACAGCUGCAGCUUGGGGACUUGGUGAUUGGAACAGUAUGGGAGACUAUUUGUCCUUCAUUCCAAGCAAUACAUAUGAAAACUUCUUCUUUCGUGCUGUUUAUUCUGUUCACAAUGCAAAUUAUUCUCAAGCAUGUCAGUUCAUUGACAAAGCCAGAGAUAUUCUUGAUACUGAAUUGACUGCCAUGGCAGGAGAAAGUUAUGCAAGAGCUUAUGGUCCAUUGGUAAAUGCUCAGAUGCUGUCAGAAUUAGAGGAGGUUAUUCAGUACAAGUUAAUACCUGAGCGCCGUGAAGUUAUAAAACAGAUGUGGUGGGAUCGAUUACAAGGCUGUCAACGUGUAGUAGAAGAUUGGCAGAAAAUUAUUCAGUUACGAUCUUUGGUAAUAAGUCCACAUGAAGGUGUGAAAACUUGGCUAAAAUAUGCCAGCCUCUGCAGAAAAAGUGGACGAUUAGGCUUAUCUCAUAAAACCCUGGAAAUGUUAAUGGGAGUGGAUCCUUCAAAGCAACCACAUAAACACCUUCCCACUGACAUGCCAAUGGUGACCUUUGCUUACAUUAAACAUAUGUGGUUGUGUAACCAGAAGCAAGACAGCUUUACAAAGCUGCAUCUUUUUAUCCAACAAACACUUCUCCAGAAAGAAGCCCAUCUUCAGAACAGUGGGGAUACUGCUGCUCUCACAGAGAUUCGCAAACUCUUAUCUAGGUGCUACCUGAAACAAGGAAAUUGGUUACUGGAAUUGCAUGGCAUUGAUGAUGUGUCUAUUGCUAAAGCUUUAGAGAGUUUCAAAAUGGCCAAAGACAGAAAUCAGAAUUGGUAUAAGGCUUGGCAUGCCUUAGCCCUUACCUACUAUGAGGCUGUCCUCUACUAUAAAAGGAAGGAAACCUCAGCUGCCAACCUUCCAAGUGUCUCGUGUCAACCAGGUGCUGAGGCAAUGACAAGACUUUCUGAACCACCUGCUGACCUUGUCAGCAAUGUCAGAACUCAUACAUCAAUGCAGAAUACUGCCAAAAUCCUUGCUCACUGUGUUCCUGCUGUACGUGGCUUAUUCAAGGCAAUUGCCUUAUCAAAUCAGAACAGUUUACAAGAUACACUCAGAUUAUUGACCCUGUGGUUUGACUACGGCCAUUAUCCCGAAGUGCAUGAUGCUCUUGUGGAAGGUAUAAAAACCAUGCAAAUCGAGAACUGGUUGCAGGUCAUACCCCAGUUAAUUGCCAGAAUAGAUACUCCUCGGCAUUCAGUUGGUCGUCUUAUUUCCCAACUGCUUAUGGAUAUUGGCAAAGCCCACCCUCAGGCCCUCAUUUAUCCUUUGACUGUAGCCUCCAAAUCAAGUGUGUUGGCCAGACAGUCAGCUGCUAACAAAGUUUUGAAAAGUAUGUGUGAGCAUAGCAACACUUUAGUAAAGCAAGCAAUGUUGGUGAGUGAAGAACUCAUCAGGGUAGCUAUAUUAUGGCAUGAAUUAUGGCAUGAAGGUUUGGAGGAAGCAUCACGACUCUACUUUGGAGAAAAGAAUGUCAAGGGUAUGUUUGAAACUCUUGAACCUCUCCACCGAAUGAUGGAAAGAGGACCACAGACAUUAAAGGAAAUCUCAUUUAAUCAGGCUUAUGGCCGGGAUCUGCUAGAGGCUCAGGAGUGGUGCAAGAUAUACCAGCGCUCCCAACAAGUGAAAGAUCUUACACAAGCCUGGGAUCUCUAUUAUCAUGUUUUCCGGCGCAUCACUAAACAACUCCCACAGCUUACAUCUUUGGAGUUACAGUAUAUGUCUCCCAAACUUUUGCGCUGUCAAGAUUUAGAACUGGCUGUACCUGGUACAUAUGACCCCAGUCAACCUGUUGUAUGCAUUCAUCAUGUUCAAACAACUCUGCAAGUGAUUACUUCUAAACAGCGACCACGCAAAUUGAGCAUAUAUGGUAGUGAUGGCAAAGAUUAUGUAUUUCUUCUCAAAGGGCAUGAAGAUCUUCGGCAAGAUGAAAGAGUCAUGCAAUUGUUUGUAUUAGUCAAUUCCUUAUUGGCCAACAAUCCUAAGACAUUUCGACGUAAUUUGUCAAUUACCCGCUAUGCUGUGAUCCCAUUGUCUACAAACUCUGGUUUGAUUGGCUGGGUGCCCCACUGUGAUACACUACAUUCUCUCAUCAGAGAUUACAGAGAGAAGAAGAAAAUCCUACUCAACAUUGAACAUCGUCUCAUGCUCAGAAUGGCACCAGACUAUGAUCAUCUGACAUUAAUGGAGAAAGUUGAAGUGUUUGAACAUGCUUUGGAACACACCCAAGGUGAUGACCUUGCAAAAAUCUUGUGGUAUAAGUCACCAAGUUCAGAGGUUUGGUUUGACCGCAGAACAAAUUAUACUCGUUCAUUAGCUGUGAUGUCUAUGGUUGGUUAUAUUCUUGGUCUUGGAGACAGACAUCCUUCUAAUUUGAUGUUGGAUCGAAUGAGUGGUAAAAUUAUCCAUAUUGAUUUUGGUGACUGCUUUGAAGUGGCAAUGACACGUGAAAAAUUUCCUGAGAAGAUCCCGUUCCGAUUAACUCGUAUGUUAAUUAAUGCAAUGGAGGUAACUGGUAUUGAUGGCAUUUACCGACACACUUGUGAAAGUGUAAUGUCUGUUUUACGAGAACACAAGGAUAGCCUUAUGGCUGUUCUGGAAGCCUUUGUGUAUGACCCAUUGCUUAAUUGGAGACUUAUGGAUGCUAAUGAUAAACCAAAAGGUAAAGCUGAGACACCUGAAUCAAUUGCUGGAAGUCAGGAAAGAGGUGAACAUAUGAUGGAAACUGUUGACUUGCAGACUACACACAAGAAGACUAACGGCCUUAAUGCAGGCGCUGCUGUCUCAGAAAUGGUCCACUCUUUCUCCAUUACAGAUGCUGUUCAACCUGAAGCAUUGAACAAGAAAGCUAUAUCAAUCAUAAAUCAUGUCAAAGAAAAAUUAACUGGUCGUGACUUUUCUAAAGAAGAAGCAGUUGAAGUUGCCAAGCAAGUGGACUUGCUUAUUUGUCAAGCAACAUCCCAUGAGAAUUUGUGCCAGUGCUAUAUAGGAUGUUUCAGUUUCUUCUUCACACCAUGA